CGCGGCCCGGGCGGCCAGUAGUGCGAGAGAGGCGCGGGUGCGGCCGGGCGCAGCCAGAGCAGGGGCGUGAUGCGUGACUCCUUCAGUGACGCGUGACAUGUCACGGCCAUCGUGCGAUCGUGACGCGACCGUGCUGAGCCGACUGGUGCGGCCCGCCCGUUAGGCCCGCCUAGCCGCGACUCAUGUGGGUGCUCGAGAGCGCGCACCGCCUCAGCCGCUCGCUCUUCUUCGGCGGCGAAGAGGACCCCGCCUCCUCAGCGGCCGGCGCCACCGGCGGCGUCCAGGAGGUCCCGGAGCAGCAGCAGGGACAUGGAGAGCACGGAGAGACGCACGGACCACAACAUCCCGACGAGCACUCCACGCAGCAGGAGGCGGUGCUCGGGCCGCAGCCGGAGCAGGCCAGAGAACACCCCGAGGAGCAUGUCAUCCAGCGGGGCCAAGAGACGGCGCGCGACGCUCAGCCGGAGGCCAAGGAGCCCACCGGGGAGCCUGACCAGGAACGAGUCGAAGAGCCGUCCGCCGGACUAGUGCCCGGGCAGGACCAACUUCAGGCGCCGUCAGAUCUUCGUGGGGUUAGCGCUCGAGAGCGCGAUUUGGGCGGGGAGGGAAGGGGCCCGGCCACCUCCAGUGACUCACCCUUUGAUGAAGCUCCACUUAGUGUGGACCAAGAUGCUGUAGCCACCGGGCAAGCCCACCCGGAGGGCUCCCUACAGCGCCGGUCGCGAACGCUCCUAGACAUCCCGGUCGGGUCCGACGGCCCGCCGAUCGCCCAUACUCGCCAUAGGGAGAGAGGCGAGUUCCAGCCCCCCGAGGGAGCAGCAGGUCGCACUCGCUCCGGGAUAGCCCUCCAGUCCGACGGCGCCGACGGUCCAGACACGAGGCGGCAGGUGGCCCACUUGCUCUGGCCGCCAGUGACUCCGCCGCCACCGCCGCCACCCCCGCCUCCACCUCCACCACCGCCCUCGGCGAGACCCUCCGUGUCCGCAAUGACGUGGCCGCCGGCGGCCGGGUCCUCCGAGGACGCCGACGAGGCCGAGCAGGGCACCAGCACGAGGUACGCCACGGACGGCUCGGACGACGAGAGGGACGAGAGGGCGACCGAUGCAGACAGUGAAGGGGGUAGCGAGUCUGGCGGUGGCGGUCUCGACGGCGGCGGCCCCGAAGACAUCCUCGACGGCGGCCGCGAGGACACGCUGCUGCCACCGCGACGCGCCGGCGUGGGCACGUCGCGGGUGAGCGCGCUGCGGCAGGUGCUGCUGGCGCAGGCGAGCCCCUUUGCGCUCAGGGCGGCCAUGUGGCGCGGGCCCGAAGUGGAGCCGCUCCUGGACCAAAGCGCGCGCCAGGGGCUCGGCGGCGAAGGGCCGAACGCCGAUGCGGACAACCGGGCUGACAAGGCCGUGCAGAUCGACGGCGCCGUCCCGACGCGAGAACGCCACCCGCAGCUCAUCGAGGACCUCAAGGCCUUCCUGGGCGAGAAGGGGCAUACCAAGCAGGUGGAGCCCGAGGAGCCCAUAAGCCACCUUGCCUCUCCCUUCCACGCCAAGUCCCCGGAGCAGGCGCGGCGCACCGUGGCCGAGGCCAUGAGCUCGCACGACGGCGGAGGCCAGGGCCUGGAGCUCCGCGGUCUCGGCCACCUCGGGCACGUGGCCGCCGGCCCCCUCGGGGACUCGGCCGCCGCGUCCGCGGAAUGCGCCCCGCGUUCGAUCACCGCGACCACCGCCGCCGCCGGCACCAGCAGCCUCGGGGACGGGCAGGCCGAGUACCGGCGGCACAGCGUCUGCUCCACGCACGGCCACACCGGCGGCGCCACCAGCAUGGAGGACAAGUGCCUCGAGUGCUGCGUGUACUACGGCGUCAUGUGCUGCCAAUGCACCAUCCUCUAACGGCGCCGAACUCUCGUGGCAGUUGCUAUAUGUAUUUUGUCAGUGGGAAGAGAAGUGUUAUGUGAGGCGUGUUGCCUGUCGAGACAGUGAUCAAGUUUAACUGAAGGAAAACAAAUUAAUAAAAUGGAAACCUGGUUUGUAUGUCAUGUAUUUUAAUCAUAUCUUCGUGGUAUGGAGUUCCAGGAGAAACUAAUGAGUCAUUCCAGUCCAGAACAGACUGGAAAUUAUCAAUUUCAUCGAUCUUGACUUGGACUCGAGCCCUUGACAGCACCACAAAACACACCCAUCCCUUUUCCGCCCUUUUCUCAACUUUUGAGUCUCUUGCUCUGUAAGCAUGGUCAGGAGAAUGCAACCUUUUGGAACCGAAUCUAGAGACAAAAAUUUUACCUUCCAUUUUUUCCAUUGGCACCUUAGCCGCACCUUCCCUUCCACUGAAACCAAGCUCAGGACUGGCGCUGGCCCCGCGCUGUUAGGCAACCUUUCCGACGCCCGCGGUGCGUGGGGAGCAUGCAGUCGGUCCGGGUGCAGGCUUGCGAGGCAUCCUCGCUAGAUUCCGACGCACUCUCUGCAUGGAUCUAGAUCUAAUUUGAAACAAGCUCAUCAAACCUGUUAUAAACUGCUUUAGUAGAAUGCUGAACCCAGGAUGCAAAUAUAUCAUAUGGGCUUUUACGAUUUUAUUUGGCUCCAAGUAAAAACGUUUCAUUGUAUUUAAACAAAGGCAUUUUAUUAUUAUACAAUGGGAUAUAUUCUAAUACACAAAAAAUGAGCUCGGUGCAUAUUCUGCAUCAAAUUACCAAAGAAUUUACAAGCUCAUCACAAAUUUGCACGCUUGCAUUGCAAACAAUUAAUUGUAGAUAAAAUAUUCUAACAAACCAACAUUCUUACCUAUCACAAUUUUUAUGUAAGUUGGUAUUAUUUUUAACAUUCUUUAGGGUAUAGUUGCUAACUUAAGCAAACAUACCACAUUUUUGUUAUUGUUUGUGGUGUUUGGCAUGUAGUCUUUAAAAUUGGCAGCAAAGAAAAUGUUACCUAUGUACAUAGAAAAAAAAAAGUAGGACUUAUUUCCUGGGACUGUUGCUUAUUUAAGUUUGCAAAGCAACAUUUGAAUAUGGUUUGUGAAGAGGGCACAGAUAUGUAAUGGGUAUAUGGUACUUUCUUGUUAAUAGUACUUUUAUAAAGCGUUACUGUAAAAUAAUCUUAAAAUAUAUCUUUGGUUCCAAGCAGAAAUCCAAGAAAUCUGUGUACAGAAAAAACAAUGGCAGUUUUUGGCCCAAUGUGCAAUUUUAAAUGACUCAUGCAGUACAUUAAAUGACUGUUGGGGUGUAAGACUCAAUAGUUUUACAUUGUUAGUAUGUAUUGCAUUAUUGAAAUGCAUGUUGCAUGUAAUAUUUUGUUAUGAACCAUUGAGCAGGUCAUAAUUUUGGCUAGACUUUAACAGUUCGCCAUGUCAACUAUAAGAUAUAGUUUUCAUUAACAUAUCUACUUAUGAAGAGCUGCAGUAUACACAAGAUAGUAAAAUGAAAAA